AUGAUAAGUGGCUCUAGGCCAGAGCAGCCUGCCCAAACCCCUCAUAGCAAGGCAACAGUGUCACCCGUUCCGCAGCGGCAGCUCUCCACAGCAAGACGAGCUGCAACAAGCAGACCACCAAAUGCUAUCAAAGCAUCGUCCCUCUCGAGCGUUUCUCAGCUCCCGAUAAACCCACCUGCAACCUCAAUCCCACCAGUCCCGGGGCAAACACUCUCUCCCAAUAACAACGACAACAACCAAACCGGUCCUCCCUUAACGACCCACCCCAGUGAACAUCCACAAAACACAGCUCUAACCCUGCCUGCGCAGAGGCGCCUGAAAGCACCUUUGCGCAAAUCCCUCUCCGACCCCACAGCACUUACCGGCCAAACCAGUCUCCAGCCCAGACCCGCGCCCACAAAGAGUUCGUUGAGUACACUGGCCGAGCGCGAUGAACCGCAUGAUCAAGGGCCUUGGUCAGCCGAGGCGUUGGACCUGUUCGACUUUUGGCCGCCGGGACGGCCGAAACCGAUUUAG